AAACCAACCUUGAGCAAGCACCAGACAGUCAAAAAAAGUAAUUAAAUCACCGGUGUAUUUUCCCCAGAUGGGGUGGAAGGAUCUACCUGCGGAGCUCGUCCAUCUAAUCCUCUCGAAGGACAGCAUCGGACACCAUGAUUUAGCAAACCUUGCACGUGUAAACAGUUACCUCGCCGGAAUUGUGCCUCAAUAUCUAUACUAUGAUGUUCAAUUCAUAUCUGCCCAACCAUCACUGGAAUCAGAAUGCAAAGGCCUCGCGCGGCUGGCAAAAUUUAAUCGCUCAAUCACGAGAAACCCAAGUCUAGCCGGACUGACGCGGAGCAUUGCGAUAGUGACGUACGUAGAGGGCCAUCAUAUAGUUGAUUGUAUUUGGGAGGUUCUUGCUAAGCUUUACGUCCUCGAAAAGUUGGUCCUAUCAAUAGAGACCGAAGACAAACUACAUGUGGUUCUUCGAAGCAAUCCGCUCAGUAGACUCCGUUGCGUUAAAAUAUACGGCCACCUUCUCAACCUUGGAGUAGCAGCCGGCUAUAUGCAGCUUCCAGCCAUCGAGUCUCUAGCCGUGGAAUAUCACAGUUUCUCAAGGACAGGGCGCCAACGUUCUGUUGUUGUCAGACUUCCGCCUAACAUGGAGCGCCAGACGUCUCUCAAGGAGUUAACAAUCCGUGUUCCGUCCGAAACCAUUUCUCUGCUCCCUAGACUUAUCUCAUCCUGCCCAACAUUGACAGCUUUCGCCUUCAGUAUAAAGAACCCCAUCAACGUCCGCUCGGAACGAAUACUAUUAUCAAAUGCGCUUAGUUUCUGCCAAGAAACAGUUACUAUACUCGAAUUAAAUUGCGAGUAUCUUGAAUUUUGGGAAUAUUUCGAUUGUUGUCCUGUUGUUUUACGCGAUAUGAAACGCUUGCGAGUUUUGAAGAUAGACACUCUCUUUCUUCUCAGUGAUGAUGACACAUACAGUCCGGUAUUGCGAAGUGACAUUCAUCAGCGGCUGCCUUCUUCAUUAGAAGAUUUGGAGAUUCUUUUUCAAAAAAAAUUUGGUGCGUUUGAAGCUGAUUCUCUGUUCUCCGCCAAUGAUGCACCGCCCGACUCCUCUCCUACUUACAUACCGGAGUAUCUCACCUGGCUGCUACAAAUUGGAAUGAACAAAGAAAUUCGCCUGCCUAAUCUGGUGCACGUUUGUAUACGAGAGAGUCAUGUCGGCUAUCCCGGCCCAUAUAAAAUGUUGAAUUUGCCAGUUGAGAUUGAAGUUCCAUUUCGCAAGGCUGGUAUAGAUAUUGAGUUAUUUCUCCUCCCUUCUGAGUCCCGGCCCUUCUAAAUAAUACGCCCGCCUUUGCUUUAAUUGACUAGAUACAGAUGGUUAGCUAUAAGACAGAACAGUGGUUGGUAAAAUUCUCACUAGUUGAAGAAUAUAUAAACUUUUCUCAUCCUGGA